UUCAAGCUCUAACUGCUGUUCCUGCCCUAGAUACCUGUGAUGUUCCACAUAGGCUUUUUAAAGCGUUUAUUCUGAAAUGUGUUCCCUUGUUAAAAACAUUACCUUUCGGUAUAACAUCUACGUCCUACAUGCGUUUGCAUAAUCCGGUAUAGAUCCCUGGAUCCCUGGUACUAAUGAUUUAAUGACCGCUCAAUUUGGACGAAAGAACCAAAUUCCACCUCCCCCCCGCCCCCCAGUUUUCUAAUUGUAAUUUUGAGAUUUUGAUCAGCAUUUCUGGAAUUGGGGGCAAAAAUACAAAAACCCACACGAAACUGCAGUCAUGAUCUCUCCGUGGUGCUGAAGCAACACUCCCCGCUCUGUUCGGUCACUCUCAGGGCACCUAGUCGUUUGUUUUGAGAUUAUCAUAUUCAUUUCAGCUUUUAAUUUGAAUUCUAAUAGUAAAUGUUUUCGUCUCUCAAUGGUAACUUUCUUCUCAUUUAACUAGGUAUAAAAUCGAGCCAAGAUCUUCAAUCUUUUAGUUUUCGUAUAAGGAUAGCAGAAUUUGAAAAAUUACCUUUUUUCUAUUAUUUUAGCGUAGCACUACAAUUCCUCCUUUUAUAGCUGUCCUGCCACAGGCCCAGAUUCUCCCCUGUGGGUGGAGAAACGGUAGCUGGACUAGAAAACCUGAGGUAGAUUCUAGCACCAAGCUCGGUUCUCAGAACUACAUUUCCCACAAACUUGGACUACACCUCCCAUGAGGGCUCGGGCGCGUGCGCAGAAGACGCACAGUGACAGCUUCCUGUUUCGGAAACGCGGCGCGGCCGGUUGCCGGAAAACAGGGCAGACCUGUAUGAUUCGUUUAUUCCUGGGGUUGUCAUAUCAUGGCUGAUAAUGACACAGACAGAAACCAGACUGAGAAGCUCCUAAAAAGAGUACAAGAACUGGAGCAAGAGGUGCAAAGACUUAAAAAGGAAAAGGCCAAAAAUAAGGAGGACUCAAACAUUAGAGAAAAUUCAUCAGGAGCUGGAAAAACUAAGCGUGCAUUUGAUUUCAGUGCUCAUGGCCGAAGACACGUAGCCCUAAGAAUAGCCUAUAUGGGCUGGGGAUACCAGGGCUUUGCUAGUCAGGAAAACACAAAUAAUACCAUUGAAGAGAAACUGUUUGAAGCUCUAACCAAGACUCGAUUAGUAGAAAGCAGACAGACAUCCAACUAUCACCGAUGUGGGAGAACAGAUAAAGGAGUUAGUGCCUUUGGACAGGUGAUCUCACUUGACCUUCGCUCUCAGUUUCCAAGGGGCAGGGAUUCCGAGGACUUUAAUGUAAAAGAGGAGGCUAAUGUUGCUGCUGAAGAGAUCCGUUAUACCCACAUUCUCAAUCGGGUACUCCCUCCAGACAUCCGUAUAUUGGCCUGGGCCCCUGUAGAACCAAGCUUCAGUGCUAGGUUCAGCUGUCUUGAGCGGACUUACCGCUAUUUUUUCCCUCGUGCUGAUUUAGAUAUUGUAACCAUGGAUUAUGCAGCUCAGAAGUAUGUUGGCACCCAUGAUUUCAGGAACUUGUGUAAAAUGGAUGUAGCCAACGGUGUGAUUAAUUUUCAGAGGACUAUACUAUCUGCUCAAGUACAGCUAGUGCGCCAGAGCCCAGGUGAGGGGAGAUGGCAAGAACCUUUCCAGUUAUGUCAGUUUGAAGUGACUGGCCAGGCAUUCCUUUAUCAUCAAGUCCGAUGUAUGAUGGCUAUCCUCUUUCUGAUUGGCCAAGGAAUGGAGAAGCCAGAGAUUAUUGAUGAGCUGCUGAAUAUAGAGAAAAAUCCCCAAAAGCCUCAAUAUAGUAUGGCUGUAGAAUUUCCUCUAGUCUUAUAUGACUGUAAGUUUGAAAAUGUCAAAUGGAUCUAUGACCAGGAGGCUCAGAAGUUCAAUAUUACCCACCUACAACAACUGUGGGCUAAUCAUGCUGUCAAAACUCACAUGCUGUAUAGUAUGCUACAAGGACUGGACUCUGUUCCAGUACCCUGUGGAAUAGGACCAAAGACGGAUGGAAUGACAGAAUGGGGAAAUGUUAAGCCCUCUGUCAUAAAGCAGACCAGUGCCUUUGUAGAAGGAGUGAAGAUGCGCACAUAUAAGCCCCUCAUGGACCGUCCUAAAUGCCAAGGACUGGAAUCCCGGAUCCAGCAUUUUGUACGUAGGGGACGAAUUGAGCACCCACAUUUAUUCCAUGAGGAAGAAACAAAAGCCAAAAGGGACUGUAAUGACACACUAGAGGAAGAGAAUACUAAUUUGGAGACACCAACGAAGAGGGUCUGUGUUGACACAGAAAUUAAAAGCAUCAUUUAACCAUAGACAGUUUGCCAGGAUCUAGGAACCACCUAAUGGUAGGUGGACACAAAAGGAAAAAAAAAAAAUUUACUUGCAAGUACUAGGAAUUCAGAUGAUGAGCUCUUAAAAAAAAAAAAAAGCAAAAAGACUAAAGUCCUAUUAAGGAAGUUAUUGCUUUAAUAAGAAAUUUCAAAUAUUCUCUUAUCCUGGUCCAAAAGGCUUAAGCGAUUAAAGAAGCAAAAAGCAGUCGUAAAAUGGAGAUGUAUUUACAUACACCUGGAAACCUGUGCCUUGUAUUCAAAUUCAUUAAAGCCUAAUCCUGCAAGUA